GACUUGAAAGGGAGACUGCAAGAAAUUCCUGGUGAUAUAGUCUAUGUUUUAAAAAAGAAUCCUACAAUAAGGUCAACAUAAAUCAGAGUCAGUUUAUAGGCACAGAACAAGAAAUAGCAAGAGAUAGGAUACCACAGUGCACAUGAGGAAACCACAGCCUGCUAUUGGCUAUGGCCUUCUGCCAUGGAAGCAAAGUGAGCACAAGGAUUUCUAGAUGCCAUUGACUGUGUUGCUUAUGAACUGGAUAAUGGCAAGGCAGGCAAGAAGAUGGCAGAAAGAAAUGUAGCAUGGAUCUUAAAAGAGCAGGCACCAGAGGUCUGAAAAGGCUCACUUUGGAAAGAUUCAGGCUUAGGCAAGGUGAGUGGGACCCUGAAGAAAAGAUGCCCCAGAUGAAUGCUGCAGAGAGGAUCAAGUGCUGCAGUAAUUCAGUAAAUUCAGGUGCCCACUGUUAUAGUCUGUAUGUAUAUACUGACUUGUGGGAAGUGUGUGCCAUAAGCCCACUGUGUUCCAAGACAUUUGUAUCAUAGAUCACUUCCAAAGUUUAAUAGGUCACUUUCUGUUUUUAAAAUUUGUAUUUUCUGGGUUUUAAAUAGCCUGGAGGGAGCAAAAAAAAGGUAGAGCAAUUCUCUACCACCACUACCUAAACAGUAUUGUGAAGCUUGAGGAGGUACAAACCUUUAAUGUGGCAAGAGAUAAAUUAAGCCCUCUUAGAUCUUCAAAGGGACCUAUAUUGUCUCCUAACAACCCAUAAUUUCCCAUCAUAUUGACAUAGACAGAUAAGGUCUAAAUACCCUGAAGGCACCAGGUCCCAUCUCAUCAUGUAAGAUAGGCAGGGUCAGUCCUGUUGUGUGGAUGAGAGACCAUCAAUAGAUGCCAAGUGCUGCAGGGAUUAUUUCAGAGGAAGGAACUGACAAAACCACUUCUUAAGUAUUCCUUGUCUAAGAAAAUCCUGCAAAAUUUGCCGAGUCACUGUUAAGUCAACAGGUGACUUAAAGGCACAUAGAUAAACUAUACCCAAGAACAGCAUUAUGUAAUUUUAUAUGUAUUUUAUUAGAGUGGACAAUAGCAGUGCUAAACAUAAUUGCCACUGUGUAAGCUACACUGAACUCAUGUGGAUUAAAUGAGGGCAUUGCCCCCUUAAAUAAGAAUUCUGCCUCCCAUUACAUUUUUCUACAGUCCUCAUAAUUUUAGCUUUGCUCAAAAUGAGAUGUUGAAACUUUGAAACACUGAGAGGUCUUCUGUGUACCACAUACAUAUUCUCUUCUUAACUUUGUCCUUUUUAUUGCAUGUCUAAACUGUAUGUCUGAAGUCAGAGCUGAAGUUUUAAGUUACACCAAUAGUAGAAAUUUGAGGACCAAAAACAAAUUUCAUAAAGAGGCAGAAUUCUUACUUUUGCAUUUGCCCUCCCUGUAGCCUCACCCUUGAUUAGACUCUGACCCCUGCUUCAGCCUGCAUAGGUUCAGCUUGUAAAACACAGUGGGCUUUGACCAAGAUCUUCAGUCAUCUGAAACUUUAGCUUGUAUCUAGGAAAGGAAUCCAUCUUAGAAGUAAUCAUGUUUAGAUGGUUAAAUAGAAGUAGUAACUUAGAGCCCUUCCACACAGCCAUAUAACCCAGAAUAUCAAGGCAGAUAAUCCACAAUAUCUGCUUUGAACUGGGUUAUCUGAGUCCACACUGCCAUAUAAUCCAGUUCAGUGUGGAUUUUAUUCAGCUGUGUGGAAGGAGUUUCAUUCAUACAAGCAGGAAGAUGCAUAUUUUGCUCAGUUUAUGACUUUAUAUUUGACACUCAGUCAUAGAUAAUAAUAAAUCAUGGAUUAUGUUAUCGCCAUUAAAUAGCCAGAGCAAAGUGUAUCUGUUUAAUACUCUUUUCAUCUGAAUUGUUUGUAUUACUUUAUGUGUGUAUUUCUUAUAUCCUGUAAAUUACCUUGCAUCUCAAUCUUAGAUAUAUUUAUAUUUAUUGUGUCAGAAGCAAAUUGAGGAAACAGUUAUAAUGUAUUUAAAAACACAAAGUUAAAAACUUCACAUUAUAUUAGAUUUUCUUUGACCAGAAGCUGGUGGUCUUAGAAAAAAGAAGAGAUACAAAUAAAGUAGUGGAUGGAUUGAAAACAAUGCAAUAAAUUGAGUACUAACAUAACAUAGGCAUUAUUACAAAUUAAUAAGAAAAAAUGCAUUAUAAAAUACAACUCUGCUAUACCAAUGAAAAGACAGCAGAGCACGGCAGUAGUUUCCUGAAGAUCAGGGGUUUUCUUGUUCAGAACAUAGCAUAAUAACUUACGUGCCCCAAACCAAUAUUCUUCAGCCCUGGAAGACUAUCACCAGUAAACUAUUCAAGAUCUUUAUGGCCUGCUUUCAAGUUCCCAGUGCAUAUGGAAACCUACACUGUCAUACAAAAGAGACCAGGGUCUAGCAUAUAGACUAUAUAACACAUACAGUUUAUUGUUUGAGGCAUAUAUGUAAGUUCAAUUCAGUUUUUAUUAAAUAUUUUGAACCAAGGAGCAUUAAAAUAUGAAAGGAAAAUGGUUUAUGAUGAAAAUCUUAUUUUGUGCUCUCUUUUUACUUGUACAAGAGAGUUUAUAAAUACAGAUUUACUGUUAUCCUGGACUUUUCUUUAUUUGUAUUGUCUCAUUUUCUUUAUUUUUCAUGUUGUGCCAGUAUACUCUGCUCUAUGUAUGAUUAGUAUACCUUUCACCUAUUAUGCUGUUUGUCUUAUAAAUCGUAUUGUCACAUACGUCACAGAAACAAACAAAAAGCUUGGCUUCUCACUGAACAUUAAGAAUACCAAAGUGGUCUUCCAGCAGGCACCAGUCAAUCCCUCUGCAAGGCCAGAAACACAGCUUAAUUGUGUUAAGUUAGAAAAUGUUGACCAUUUCCACUACCUUGGCAGCCAGGUUUCUACAAAAGUCAACACUGACACUGAAAUACAACACUGUCUGAGCUUUGCGAGUGCAGCAUUUUUCUGAAUGAAGCAGGGACUGUUUGAGAAUCAGGACAUUCAUAGGGAGACCAAGAUGCUUGUUUAUAAAGCUAUUGCCCUGUUAUACACCUGUAAAACGUGGACAGUCUAUGCAUGUCACACUCAACUCCUGGAAAGAUUCCAUCAGUGUUGCCUCCCAAAAAUCCUCUAAAUCUCUUCGGAAGACAGGCGGACAAACAUCAGCAUACUGGAAGACGCAAAGACCACCAGCAUUGAAGUGAUGAUCCUUUGCGAUCAACUUUGCUGUACUGGCCACGUUCUCUAAAUACCCAAUCACCAUCUCCCAAAGCAGGUACUGUACUCACAACUCAAGAAUGGAAAACGGAAUGGAAUGUUGGUGGACAGGAAAAGAAAUUUAAAGAUGGGCUUAAAGCUAACCUUAAAAGCUGCAGCAUAGACACUGAGAACUGGGAAGCCCUGGUCCUCAAGCAUUCUAACUAGAGGUCAGCUGUGACGAACAGUGCUGUGGAAUUUGAAGAGGCAUGAAUUGAGAGCGAAAGGGAGAAAUGGGCCAAGAGGAAGGCAUAUCAAGCAAAUCCUGACCGGGACUGCCUUCCACCUGAAAAUAUAUGCAGAAGAACAUGCAGGUCUAGAAUAGGUUUCUACAGUCACCUAUGGAACCACCCCCAAGACCCUAUACUUGGAAGGCAAUCAUACUCAGACACAAGUGAUCACUGAUGAUUGUGACAUGUAUUUCACAUCACAGUUUGUGCUGAUUUAGAGUUUGUGGCAUGUCACUAACCAUAUUUACAGAUUGUUUACAAAGUUAGAGUUGGCACUGAUUUCCUAAAGGUUUGCUAUUUAUGCUCUUAUUUAUAACAGAAAUUACUCAAGUGAUCACCGAUGAUUGUGACAUGUAUUUCACAUCAUAGUUUGUGCUGAUUUAGAGUUUGUGGUAUGUCACUAACCAUAUUUACAGAUUGUUUACAAAGUUAGGGUUGACACUGAUUUCCUAAAGGCUGCUAUUUAUGCUCUUAUUUAUAACAGAAAUUACUCCAGGCAGUCCCCAAGUUACAAACAUAUGACUUACGAAAGACUAAUUAUUAAAAAUGGUGGUGAGACCAGGAAAUAAGAGAAAUCUGCCCUUAGGAAGGGAAAUUCACUCCUAGAAGAGUCAUGGAGAUACGGAGUAUCUGCUGAAGCUUUGUUGCCAAUUCUUGUUUCCACAACAAAAUCCAAUUAUUACUGGGACAGAAAAUGAGGUGAAAUCUUCUGAACAAGGGCACAGGCAGCAAAACAAAUCCAACAGGGCUGUUAACCCUUCCUUAUGCUAUACAAAGAAUAUAAUAGCUAGAGUUAUCCCUAGAACAAGUAAGAACUAAGAUGACUAAUCUGAAGCUAUUUUAUGUUGGAUAUGAGAUAACAAGUCAUUGGGAAAGAGGGUAAUGUGAAAAGCAGUAGGGAAAUAAGGGAGUGAGUCAAUCAAGAAAGCCACAGUCCGAAGCUGGCAAGACCUAAGGCUAGUUGAUAAUGGGGCUCUUGGGUGCCUCUUGUUCAUAGGGUCACUAUAGAUUGAAAUGGACUUGAUGUUAAAUAACAGCAUCAGAGUGGAGUUCAACUUAUGAAUGGGACUUACAAAUAUUACAUGAAAUAAUCUUCAUUUAUGGUGACCUUGUACUUGAACAUAGAAGCCAACAUUAGCAUUUAAUAGCUGUUUUUAAAUGCUAGAUUUAGACAUUUCUUUUUAAAUAAAGACAUUAAUUUUGUUUGUACUUUUGGAUCACAGCUCUUGCAGUCUUGCAACUUUCACACCAUAACAUGUCUGGCAUCCAGCUAAAAGGAGUAAUCUAGGAACAGCUUGAAAAAGUGUAUUAAAUACAAUACAAUACAAUAUUAUACUAAUAUAAUAAUAAUAAUACAAUAUAAUAUUAAUUAUAUGUUAUAUAUUACAUGUAAUAUUACUAAUGAUAUAGUGAUAUAUAGUAAUUUAAUGCUAAUAUUGUGCUAUGCUAAUAAUAUAUUUUAUGUACAUAUGAUUUAUAAGCCGCUUUGAGUCCCCUUCGGGGUGAGAAGGGCGGGAUAUAAAUUUAGUAAGUAAACAAAUAAAUAAAUAAAUAAAUGAUUCAAUUUUGUGAAUUCACCUUGCCAAACAUGUGGGUUAUUUCUUUCAAAAUGAAGUCUUCUCUGUAAAAUAGCAGAAAAUAACAUUGUACUUGUCAGCUUGCAAAGACUUUCUUUUUUCAAAAAAUAAAUCAUAUCUCAGCAGAGAGAGAAACUGUUUACACCUCUAUUCAUUGCCAAAAAAAAGUACUGGCACUGGACUUCCACUCGCUUUCAAACAUACAAGUAGUAAUAGGGGCCACCUCUCGUCAAACUCAUUUUUGACAGGUGCCACGCCCCCUUGAAGCAGGAAGUCCUGCCCCUUGAAGCAGGAAGUGCCACCUCCUAAAAGAGGAACUCCCUCCUCCUAAAAACAGGAAAUGCAAUCCCGGGAGACCCUUCCCCCUGAGGUGAAGCCCUCCCACAACCCACAGCCCACCCCCACCCCCCCCACCCCCAGGGGCAAGCACAGACAUGUUUCAAUGAGGCAUUCAUGGUGAUGCGUAUGGGCUGAAAGGCCCCUUGCCUAGACUGACCCCUCUGCUUGAGGAAAUGGGGCAGCCAGGACCGUGUGCUAGGUCUUAGUGGUGAGCUCUGUGCUCUGUGACCAACAGCCAAUGGAUUUAGGCCCAUAAGGUCAUCAUGUGAUACUGGGAGGGCCCAUUAGGGCGGAGCUUUUAGGAAUAAAUACUCCAUGUGAGUUUUAGUGCAUCCCUUGACUGCUUUCAGAGGAAUGGAAAAUAUGGAAUCACCAGAUGGCCCUUCAAGCUCAGCGUGCCUUUCAGUACCGGAAGUGCCUAGAAAGAAACAAACUGCUAUGAAAAGAAGAGCUGAAAGCGGCUAUAGGUAUUGGGCCUAUCCAAACAUGUCAGGAACAACAGGACUUUCCCUACCUGUGACACCAAUGAAUAGUCCUAAAAAGCCGCGAGAAUCCUCGAAUGCUAAACCUCCGACAAGGCUUAACUUAUUACCAGGUCUUUAUGCUGUGAAAAAUAAAUUCACAGAGGUUAAGCCUGAUUUAAAUGAUCAGGGCACAGACAGGAUCGAUUUGAAAAAGCUUUUCCCUGAAAUGCCGAGAAUGUAUCAUGCUGAUGCUACUGCUGUUCUUGAAGAGGCGGAUGAAGAGAUGCUUUGUAAAACAGACUAUAAGGAUAUUGAGAGAACGGGAGAAGAACCAACCUCAGGCAGAUGCGUCCAUCGGUCACUCCUAGAGGAGCUGUUGAAGGAUGGAGCGGCGGAAAAGGAAGUCAUGGCUGUUGAUGAAAACACAACUGAUGGUUUCGAGAAUAUUACGGGCUGUAUCCAGUUUUCUGGUGAUGUGGAGGAUCUUCAGAUUGGCGACUCUCAGACCAUGGAGCUUUUCAGCAUGCCGCGUGUUUAAAGCCUGUUCUGCAGAGCAGAGCUGCUAUGUGUGUCUCACAAUAAAAUUGGUUUGUUUUGUACCCCUGUGUUCAUACUUGCAUUCGGUGACAUAAUGUCAGAGUCCGAUGAAAUCCUAAAGAAAAUAUAUUUUUCGCCGGGUAAGGUGGGAAGCCUCGGAGGUGUUUGGCCGCUUUUUCAAGAGGCCAAAAAACAAUGCAAAACUGUAAGGAAGGGGGAUGUUACUCAAUGGCUAUCCAAACAAGACAGUUACACGUUACACAGGCCAGCAAGGAUCCAUUUUAAAAGAAACAAGACUAUUGUAUCUCAUGUGGAUUCUCAAUGGCAGGCUGAUUUAGUGGAUAUGCAGCGACUUUCCAAGUUUAACAGGGGUUACAAGUACAUUUUAACAGUGAUAGAUAUCCUGUCUAAAUACGCAUGGGGGUUGCCUCUGAAGGAUAAGUCAGGUAGAGAGGUGUCGGAGGCCUUUAACACUAUCUUCACUCAAGAUGGUCGAAAACCUGAAAAAUUACAGACAGACCGGGGUCGGGAGUUUCUAAACAAGGCGGUAAGCACUCUGUUGAAACAUCAUGGGGUUCACCACUUUGUCACCAACAAUGAAGUUAAAGCAGGAGUUGUGGAGCGGUUUAACAGAACUUUAAAAACAAAAAUGUGGAGAUAUUUCACAGCUCAUAACACUUUUACAUAUAUUGAUGUAUUGCCUAUGUUCCUCAAAAGUUAUAACCACAGUUUUCACCAUACUAUCAAAACAAGGCCCGUAGAUGUUAACGAUUCCAACGCUCUAGACGUGUGGAGGAAAGUUUAUGGGCCACAUGUGAAAAGAAAAGAGGAGUUAUCGCAAUUCAGAAAAGGAGACCAUGUGAGGAUUUCCAAAAGCAAGGGUAAAUUUGCUAAGGGGUACGAACAGAAUUUUACCAGUGAGAUAUUCAUCGUGGACCAGGUUCUUCAAAAAACAUCCAGGCCUGUAUUUCUAUUGAAAGAUUAUGCGGGUGAAGAUGUCAUUGGCACCUUUUAUCCUGAAGAACUGCAAAAGAUUAAUACUGACAAAGACCGCAUCUACAGGAUUGAAAAAAUUCUAGCCACAAAAGGUCGGGGUGCGAGAAAGCAAUGCCUAGUGAAAUGGUUAGGCUGGCCUAGCAAGUUCAACAGUUGGGUUCUGGCUUCCGAAGUAACAGAACCUGAGUAGCGGCAGUGUUUUUUAUACGCCUAGGAAAAUGGGGGGAGGUAGUUUUUAUCUCACACUACCUAGCAACGCGAGUGCUAGAGCCUUCCCUAGGAACAGCAUUUCAAGCUUUACUAUAUCUUUAGCAAAACCUCUAGAGCUCUCAGGGGCAUGGGAAGUAGGACUAGUUGAGAUACAGUACCCCCACACCUGGAAUAACGUGACCACCGACCCACGCUUUGAAAUUGCACAGGGGGAAAAGAAGUGGUCCUUCCAGCUGCAGAAUGGAUAUUAUUCCAGCAUCCCCGAGCUGUUGGAAUACAUGAACGAACGCAUAUCAUCACGCAAGAGACCGCCCGAUGCGAUUCUUAAGUAUGACCCCGCAACCAGAAAGGUCCUAAUUAAACCCGA